AUGGGCUACACGGCACUACUGAUGUUCGCUAUCCUCGGGUGCGCUACGGCGGCCCCGUGGCGUUGCUACAGAACCAACAACGGAGACACCGUAUGCGUGGGGAGCCAGGGGGACCCCUGCAUAUCUCCACCCACGAUAUGCAUACCACGAUCCCUGCCGCCUUGCGUCGGACAAGCGUGCGUGUACACGCCCGAGUGUGUCCCCUGCCUGCCGCCCUGCCCGCCCCCCUGCCCGCCGCCCUGUCCGGAGCCCUGCCCUGACCCCUGCCCGCCACCCCCGUGCUACUACCCGUGCUUAACACCUUGCCCGGAGCCGUGCUAC